AUGAGCGAUAGCCAUCACAAGGAAGAGGAUAACUCAAGUACGAGCGAAAGGGCGUUGUUUUUUAAUUACCAUGAGUUUUCGUAUUCAUUCUAUGAAGACCUCGGCUCCGAAGACGCUAAACCCACAGAGCACGACGAAGACCACAAAUUGUGCAUAACACAUUUCCCGAAUGUUUACGCUGCUCGGGGCUCGGCCGAAUUCCAGGUGACCCGGGUGGUACGAGUUCCCCGGCGAUUCGAUGAGUGUCGUACCAGCCUUGAAACGCCACAAUUUAGUACGCAGCUUCCCGGAAGCGAGCCGGCGGCAAUCGUCGGUGACGACGGCAGUCGCUUUGCGCGGUGCGGACGUUACGACACUGGGGGUCACGUGUUUGGCUGCUCCUCUGUGUCGCCUCUCUCGGAACACCUUAGUGCGGCAGAGCUCGCAGAAGUGGUGCACCGGGUAAACGGAUUUUUGCUGCGAGAGGAAGGUAAGGUGUACGGGUGGUGUAAUCUGUGUGGCCUAGUGUUCGAUAUGCUUACGGGCGGUCUGUGGAGCUGGGUUUUGGGGCCCCUUCUUUCUAGACUUGUGUUUCAGGAGUCUCUCGCGUUAGAGCAGUACGUGGCGCAGCUAAACUCGCCGGGAGGCCUGCUUCACGAGCGCGGUGUGCGCCUAGUCUUGCCCCGACGGUCCGGGUGCCUAUCCUUAGAUUUCGUCGUGCCCGGACCCAAAUAG